GGGGGAGCAGAAGCAGUGCUGGCACUCUGCAGCAUGUUGCCGCCUCAUUAGGAGCUGUACUUCCCUGGAGAAGAACGCACUGAGGAACAUUACACUGCUUUGGUAAAUCUCUGCCCCAACACUAAUCUUUUCUACAUGACCAGAAGAGUCAAAAAGAUGUAGUCAUGGGUCUCUGUUGUGUCAUCUGAUACUGAAGAAACUCUUUCCAGAGACCCUUCGCCACUGCAAGAGAAGAAGCAGCCAGUUUCUCCUACAAUGGAAAAUGUAACUCUCAGCACCAUCUUGAACUUCACCAACAGUGAACCUUUGGCUAAGAUGCCUGAGAACUCUCUGGAAGUCCAGGUCAUCACCAUAUUCCUCACAUUGCUGAUCUGUGGGGUGGGAAUAGCUGGCAAUGUCAUGGUGGUCUUAGUGGUUCUCAGAACCAAACAUAUGAUGACUCCAACCAACUGCUAUCUGGUUAGCUUGGCUAUUGCAGACCUCAUUGUUCUCCUGGCUGCAGGACUGCCCAACAUCUCUGAAGUCGUUUCUUCUUGGAUCUAUGGCUAUGCUGGCUGCUUGUGUAUCACCUACCUCCAGUACCUGGGCAUCAAUGUUUCCUCUUGCUCUAUCACAGCUUUCACGGUUGAGCGUUACAUUGCAAUAUGUCAUUCCAUUAAGGCACAGUUCAUAUGCACUGUGUCCAGAGCCAAAAAGAUCAUCGCCUGCGUUUGGAUUUUCACCUCUCUCUACUGCAUCAUGUGGUUUUUCCUCGUUGACACAGAUGAGAUGGUUUACGCUAAUGGAGUCAUUGUCCGAUGUGGCUAUCGGGUGUCGAGGAACCUCUACAUGCCCAUUUACUUUCUGGACUUCACAUUGUUUUAUGUGAUUCCACUGAUAGUAGCUACAGUGCUGUAUGGGCUGAUUGCUAGAAUAUUAUUCAUGAACCCAUUACCUUCAAAUUUGUCAGAAAGAGGAAACGAUUCAAUCCACCAGGGACGAACAAACAGCACAGUGAAGGUCUCCUGCAAACCAAACAAGGGUGCAGUUUCCUCCAGAAAACAGGUAACUAAAAUGCUGGCAGUGGUGGUGGUCCUGUUUGCUCUGCUGUGGAUGCCUUAUCGCACUCUGGUGGUUGUCAACUCACUGAUGGAUCCUCCCUACCUCAACACCUGGUUUCUGCUCUUCUGCCGGAUGAGCAUCUACACCAAUAGUGCCAUCAACCCCAUCAUAUACAACGCCAUGUCCCAGAAGUUCCGCACAGCUUUCAAGAAGCUCUGCCACUGUCAGAGUGGCUCCAGCAAAGAGAAAGCAGCCAAACACAGCGCCCCUGUCUACUACAGCGUCAUCAAAGAUUCGUCCCACGAAAGCCCGGAGUACGAGACGGAGCAGGAGGAUGUUGGUGCGUAUAGUGUCUCAACCAAGAGGGUGAACUUUUCUGACCAGGCUGGAAGAGCAGUCACUGCAGGCAUGUUCAGUAUUGCUUGAGUCAAGCUGAGAAAAAGAGGUGGACACUCUGUGGGUUGAGGGAGGCGGGGACAGUUGACUCACCUAAGAAAAAAUUGGGAUUGUAAGAAUAUUCAUCAGGAUUUAAUCAAACAUUUAAGCAUUUGGCAUCUGUUAUAUAUACAUAUAUAUGUAGUAUCUCACAAAAGUGAUUACACCCCUAUAUAUUAUAUUUUUUCA